AUGUCAGACAACGCAAUAGGCGCCCCGUCCAGGGAACUGGACGACUUCGAGAAGCUCGUCUACGAGUACUCGAAGCGAUUCAGCGUGGGGAACGGAGAACACUGGGGCAUCGAUGCCCGCGCCUGUAACCUCCGCUUCGACUCGGCAACCCGCGGUCCCCCGGCCACCGUCUCCUUCCUUUUCAGAAUCACCCCGGCGAUGAGCAAUUUCCUGGGUAACCUCCAUGGGGGCUGUGCUGCUACUUUGAUCGAUAACCUGUCGACCAUGAUCUUGCUGGGUGUCUCACAGCCGGGCAAAUUCAGUCUCGGUGGAGUCAGUCGCAACCUCAAAGUGACAUAUCUGCGCCCUAUACCGACGGGUACUGAGGCGCGUCUGGUUUGCGAGGUUAUUCAUGUUGGCAAGCGGCUGGCAUUGUUACGGGCUGAGAUUCAAAAGGCCGAUAGUGGGGAUAUUUGCGUGGUUGGUGAACAUGAGAAGGCCAAUACAGACCCGGAGGACAACCAGAGAAUCUGA